AUGCAACCGGAGACCAAGCUGGCCGAGGAGACGAAGAAGCUGGAGGAAGAAUACACCAAAAAGAAGCAGUCAAUGAUAAAGGACCUCAUGGAAACGAUGACGGCCGAAGAAAGGAACCAAGUGGCUCAGCUGAUCGAGAAGCACAGCCAACAGAUGCUGGCCCUCAUCUCCGAGAAACUGUCUGUUAAACAGGAGGAGAAAUCCGAAGCUGGCGGUGGUUGUGAGCAAGAAAAUUUGGUAGACCUAACCAAACCUUUACCCCCAGCACCACCCGAAUUCAGAAAAUCAUAUCUCUACGACAGUCCGAGAAUUUUUGAGCAAGUUGAUUCGCAUGUCUUUGAAGUGGCCCAGAAAGAGCAUACAACGUUUACUACACUGGUUCGCGAUUUAACACGGAAUUGUGAAAAUGAACUUGAAAAGGCCAGGGCAUUGUAUCGUUGGGUUACCUGGAAAGAUUUGAAUAAAUUGGAGAUUGAUGAAACUGUCAAUCCUGAUUCUCCAUAUGGAUUAUUAAGAGGAAUUAAAUUUGGAACAGAAACGUACCAUGAUCUCUUUAAGAGAUUAUCAAGUUACGCUGGGAUGUACUGCGAAAUCAUUCAAGGCUUUUCUAAGGGUGCUGGAUAUAAACCUGGCAUGAGAGUAGACGAACAACGAUUCCGAAACUCUUGGACAGCCAUUAACAUUGAAGGGUCGUGGCAGUUCAUUAACUGUAACUGGGGAGCAAGGCAUGUCAGAGGUCACCAGAACACGUACGAAUCGAGGCAGCAGCAGCAGCAGCAGCAUCAACAGCAGCAUCAGCAGCAUCAUCAACAGCAGCAGCAGCAACAACAGCAACAACAACCAUCGCCACCAAAUUCUGAAGAUAAAUGCGAUAUAGGCUUGUCCGAAUUUUACUAUCUUUGCGACGAGUUUUACUUCAUAACCGAACCCGAGGAUCACAUCUAUCAGCAUUUUCCCGACGACCCUACCUGGCAGCUCUUGGACUCGCCUAUCUCCAUGGCGGAGUUUGUUAAGCUGCCUGUAGUGAAGUCGACGUUUUUCAAUUACAGCCUGCGAUUCGUCGUUCAUUACGAAAGCAUUUUAAUCAGUAAGAACGGAAUUGUGGUCAUCGAACUAAAAAUGCCCGAUUUACUAGGGUUCGGAUAUACUUUGACGAUGAAAGGCCUGACUAGCGACUCGGCGCCAGUGGAGGGUCGGACUAUGUUGAGGAUAAUCGGACACAAGGCAAUUUUCACAGUAGCGCCACCAAAGCCGGGUAAGUUUUACUUCACGAUCUUCGCCAAAGAACGAUGGAACUCCGAAUCGUUACAAAGUGCUUGCUCGUUCCUUAUCAAGUGCCCGGAAAAAGAGAAAGUCCAGCGGCAUAGCUUCCCCCUGGUACCUUUUUUCGGGCCCACACCUAGUCUCAGCGAGUUCGGCUUGAUACCAAUCAGUCACAUCGACCCGUUUCUUGUCUACGAGGAAGAAGAUCUACACUUCCGUUUCGAGAUUAACAACCUCGUUAAAAUCUCCCAUUCGCUGCAGUUUCAGGGAACGAACGAGACGACGAAUAUCGAGGACUUUAAUCGGUAUGCAUUUGUGAGGUUUCGGGACGAAACCACUAUUUCUUAUCAGAUCCGAUGCCCCGUGCGCGGUUUUUAUGUUUUUUCUCUCUUUGGUUGUGAGCGCGACGCUUCCGGUGAAGAAGCCUACGACUGUAUUUUUCGAUAUUUGAUCAACUGUAAGCUGACUUCGUUGGACAAACGUCCACUGCCCCGAGCUUGCCAUCGGUGGUUCAACUGCACACUUCUCGAUCCGCAAGUGGGUGAUAUCAACCCGGACAAACGGAUCACGUUUCGUGUUUGCGUUCCGGCAGCGGUCGAUAUCGCCAUGCUGAUUGCGGACACGUGGUUUCAUUUUAGGGAGUCUUCGCCUGGGAUUUGGGAGGGGACUGUGGUGGCCGGAAGGAGAGCAUGUGGGGCCAAAAUCUAUGCUAAAUUAAACAAAGACAAAUCACGGUUUUCACCGUUGCUCGAAUUUAGGGUGAAAUGA